GUGAGAACUCGCCCUUGAUCACACAGCGGGUUCCCUGCAUACUUACUUACCUUGGGGUGCAUUGCUUCGUUGGUGUUGUCACAGACUUGUCGAGCUUCCACGCCCACGACGCACUGGGCCUCGCUCGAAAAGGCGCUCACGGUGUUUGUCCUCCCGAGCGCAGACUCGGGGGGGGGGGGGGGACGCGUCGUCGGCGGGUGGACUUCAUCUUCGCGCAGCCGGAGACGUACUGGACGGCGAUCGUCGGCUGGACGGGCUCGACGAUGUUCGAGCGCGAUUUGCGGUAUUGGGCGAAGGGACGGCCUGAAGUUCGAUAGCUCUGGGGUCACUCGGCAGCGCGAUUUGAGGCUCAUAUGCAGAAGUACGAGGGGCGGUGGUGGUGCAGGCUCACAAUCAUUUGACAACCCCGGUUCUUUCGAAGAGAGUUGGGUCGUGCGUUUGGCUCUCACAUACCUGCAUCAUCGCUCGCUGGUUACAGUCCACCACCAACAUCAUCGGAGUCGGUCGUUCCCAUCGCUCGGCAUCUGAUAGCCUCCACUUAGGAGCGGUCAACAGCGGUCAACAGCCCCGAGGCGCCCUCAUCAGCUCUGCGGCCCAUCCCCGUCCCAGCGACCCUGCGCUCCGAGCCUGCUAAUUCGCUGACCACCACCGAGUUGAGUCAGAUGCGCCGGGUGCAUCUGAUGGGCAAACUCUGAUUUAUCGUCUGCGCUGAUGCUGGCUGACUUCGCAGCCCGACGGGCUGCGGAUUUCGAGCACGCUGGCUCUGCACCGGGCUGGUAUGUAUACACACAGGGGCAAAGAAUAGGAACAUCGUCGAGUGGAUUGGUUUCAUCGGCGAUACUGUCGUUUUCUCUUUAUACGAGAUGCACGGCUCUUUUUCCUCCUGGUCGUGGCUUCAUCUUGGUGUCCCAUCAGGUGACUGUGCGUCUCUGUGCGUACAAGUUUGAGCUCAAGCUGCUGGCGAAAAGGACGACAAGAGGUGACAAGAUGGUUGUCUACACGUUGAGAUUCAGGCUACAGCUAGUGAAGAUAUCCGAGUCGACAAGUGCGCAGGCGCGAAGCCGCUGUCGUCAUCAUUGUAAAGCGACGUCAGUUCAAUCUCCGCCACAAGCCGUGUCGUCAAGCGCGUUCACCAAGGUUCACCAACAACCAACACCACCACCAACAACAAUCAACGUUUCAACGACUACAUCAAGAUCCGACACAUCAGAAUAUCCUAAGGUCGAAUCAAAUGUUUGAGCAAUUUAUCUUCAGAAAAGCGAGGCUAUUCAAUGUACUGCCGCAAACAGAUGGAGACGUUUAUCAAAGGUUACAAAAUCCACCGCCACAACCUCGCCAAGCUCGCAGACAUCCCAGUCACUGAUCUCCGCAUCUACUCGGCCAUCGACGUCCUCGUCCGCGCACUCAACCGCGAUGGCUACUUGUUCAUGGGCGGAGCAUACGACGCCGAUCCCGUGAAUGGAGAACGCGUGAUGGAAAUGAUUGUGGUGCUCGAGGAGCACCCCUCUGAGGAGGCGUUGAGAAACUCGUCGCUGAGUGUCACCGAGCUUGACGAGACGAUCGCCACGGGUGUGAAGAUGGGGCUACUUGAUGGGCCAAAGAUUUGGGAGCGCUUUGCCUAGGACAGAAUUGCAUGAUUAUUGUAUUAUUACUCUACUCUUACAAAAAGGUCGCCAUUUCGUUUGC